UUUGCACUCGGCCGAUGACCACGCACGCGUACCAGUACUACGUCCUCGCUGUGACCGGCCAAGCGGCGCUGCCGCCGACCGCCGAGACCUCGACGCCUGCAGCCGCGGCCUCGAGCCCUGCACCAGCGGCGACCGACGGCGUCCCGCGCAUGAAGCUCCGCGAUUUGACGUGGGCCAACAAGGCAACGUUCAAUGCACUCAUGGAGAAGCACUCGUUCAUCGUGCUCACCGACAUUGGGAAGCUCAAGGACAUGUAUCUGGAUCUCCGGAGCGAGAUGCAAGCGUUCUUUGAGCGCGAGGAUGCGGCGAAAGAUGCUUGUACGUCGUCGUACAUCUACCGCAACGAGACGAAGACGCCCAUGUGGUACGCUGGCUACGAGCGAUCGCGCGUCCGCGAGUGCUUUCGCGUGCACACGGGCGACAUGUCGCGGCUUCUGUGGCCAUCGCCGGCGUUCGAGUCGACGUGGCUUGCGAUGAUUCAAAAGUGUCAAGCCAUUUGCGACCAGAGUCUCUCGCUGACGCUCGGGUACCGCGUCCAGCGCAAGGACGAAGGCCAAGAUCUCUCUGUUUGCUACGGCUUGCACUACCCCAACAAGGAAGGGACCGGCCAGUCGGACGGCGAAAACGUCUUUGAGCACGUCGACCCCAGCCUCUUUGUGAUCGAGCCGGUCACAGACGUGCGUGGCCUCGAUGUGUUUGACCAAGCGUCGCAGCGCUGGCUCUGCGCCGAAGACGUCUGCGUGCCGCACGAGGAGCUCGUGCUCUUCUGUGGGAAGGCGCUCGCCCGCGCCACCCAGGACCGCGUGCCCGGGACGCUCCACCGCGUCACCCGCUACGAGUCGACGAUGAACGUUCCGCGCUACUGCGUCAUUUACGAGCAAAAGUACGCCAACUUCUUUCCAUAAGCAACUUGAGCAAUGAUGAAGGACCUGUUGUCCAGCUUGUCAAAGUCGACGUCGCUUCUCUCGACUCGCAAACAACGACGCAAGGCUCGGACAUGCGUCCACCCGACGUCAACUUCAGCGGCCUCGCCCUGCACCACGCUUGCUGGCCAUGCUCAACUUUGCGAG